AUGAGGAGAAGUCUCUUUGGGGUGAGCAACAUCCACUGUGCUUCGUGUGUGGCCUAUGUCUCCGAGGUUCUCUCUGAGAUCCCUACAGUGCAAGAUAUCGACGUGUCGAUCUUGACCCAUGAAGUGCGUGUGUCUCAUGGAAUCUCUGUGCAGCCAGGAGACUUGGUUGCUGCUUUGAUUCAAGCGGCCUUCGAAGUCUAUCAUGUCACAACCUAUGAUGAAAGGGGAGACACCGUUUCCGAGCUCGAUACGUCCUCGUGGACUCAUCGUAGUUCGGUCAUUUUCUCGCCUCGCGCCUCUUAUUCUAGCCUCUCGUCCAACAUCAAAGACCGUCUACACAAUAGCCGAGAGAAACGACAUAUUGCCAACUGUGAUGCCUGCAAGAAAGAAGAAGCUCACCAACUUUCUCGCGACUCGACCCAAACUGAAUUUGGCACUCUCAAUGAGAAGUCUCCCCGGGUUCCCACCUGGAAAGAGACCGACGGCAAUGAACCGGUCCAACACGAUAGAAACUGGGAACAAACACCAGAGAAUACAGCAACUUACAUGCCAUCGUCGACUGCGACCUCUGAGACCCGAGUGGAUCAGUCUGCGGACUUAUCCAUAUCGAUUCCGCCCGAAGUUACUGAGACUCUCCGAUUACCACCAGCUGAGAAUAGUGAAGAGUUUACAGCGCAGAUCAGCAUUAGUGGUAUGAGUUGUGCAUCUUGUGUCAACAGUAUUACUGCGGCUGUUCGAGAUCUUGAUUGCGUCAAGGAGAUUGCCGUCAACCUGCUCACGAAUAGCGCCGCUCUCGUGUACACUGGGUCCCAAGGAAAUCUUGACAUCAUUAUCGAACAAAUUGAGGAUAUUGGCUUUGAAGCCUUUGUUGAUGAAGUAAAUCAAGGCGCAAGGUCCUCAACACCUCAAACGGCCCCAGCAACCUAUACCACUGAGAUUGCCAUAGCAGGCAUGACCUGUGGCUCCUGUGUAGGCACGAUCACACGAGGCUUGGAGGAACUACCUUUCAUCCGCAAUGUUUCUGUCAGCUUGCUGUCUCAUAGCGGAAAGAUUGAGUUUCGAGGACGAGAGAAUGUUGAUCGAAUCGUGGAGAAGAUUGAAGACAUGGGUUACGAAGCUGCCGUCAACAGUGUCGAUGCCGUGUACGCAGCGAAGGAUGCCACCGAAACCAUCCGAACGAGAACAAUCUCGAUCCGUGUUGAUGGAAUGUUUUGUCAUCAUUGUCCCGAGAAGGUCCUAGCAUCUUUGGAACUGCUUCACAAUGUCACCGCAGAAGAACUCCCCACUGAGAACAAGCCCAUCCUCAGAGUCACGUAUACGCCUGCGCCGCCUACCUUGACCGUCCGUUCGAUCCUUACGGCCAUCAAUGAGGCCAACGAUGCUUUCAAUGCUAGCAUCUACCACCCACCUACCAUUGAAGAUCGCUCCCGAGCAAUGCAGUUCCACGAACGACGCAGACUACUCACUCGCUUGCUCUUUGUUUUCGCUGUCGCAAUUCCGACCUUCCUCAUCGGCAUCGUUUUCAUGUCACUCGUGCCCUCGCAGAACCCGACCCGGAUGUACUUGGAGCAGACAAUUUGGUCUGGCAGCGUCACUCGUAUUGAAUGGGCCCUGUUUAUCAUGGCAACACCCGUCAUGUUCUACGGCACUGACGUGUUCCAUACACGCGCGCUAAAAGAGAUCUACGCUCUGUGGCGUCCAGGAAGCCGGGUUCCCAUCUUGCGGAGAUUUUAUCGCUUUGGCAGCAUGAACCUUUUGAUAUCUGCUGGCACAGCAGUUGCCUACUUCUCUUCCCUCGCCGUACUGAUUGUUGACGCGGUGGUUGGAACCAAAACUAGCACUCAUAGCACCACAUACUUUGACUCUGUGGUCUUCUUGACGCUCUUCAUUCUCGCUGGUCGUUUCUUGGAGGCGUACAGCAAAGCUCGAACUGGUGACGCUGUUUCAUCCCUGGGCAAUCUUCGGCCAUCCGAUGCGUUGCUAGUCGAGGCUCAGUCCGUGGAUAUCAAUGCUUCUGGAGGAGUUGGUUCAGACCAAGUCACCCGCAUUGGCAUUGAUCUCCUGGAGGUUGGCGAUAUGGUUCGCAUUCCUCACGGUGCUUCUCCACCGGCUGAUGGCGUGGUGGUCAUUGAAGGCUCAUUCCAGUUUGAUGAAAGUUCUCUUACGGGAGAAUCCCGACCUGUCAAGAAAACUGUCGGAGAUCAAGUUUUCACUGGCUCAGUCAACGUGGGUCAGCCCGUGCAGAUUCGCAUCACCGAGCUUGGCGGAUCGUCCAUGCUCGACCGAAUCAUUGCCAUCGUCCGCGAGGGUCAGAGCAAGCGCGCGCCCUUGGAGAGAGUUGCAGAUCUGCUCACCUCCCAUUUUGUUCCUGUAAUUACCUUGAUUGCUAUUCUUACUUUUGUCAUCUGGCUUGCCCUUGGUCACUCAGGUGUUCUUCCCAUCGACUAUCUUGACAUUGCUCGCGGUGGCUGGACAUUCUGGAGUCUGGAAUUUGCCAUCGCCGUCUUUGUCGUCGCUUGCCCCUGUGGAUUGGCUUUGGCUGCACCAACAGCACUCUUCGUGGGUGGUGGUCUUGCGGCGAAGCAUGGUAUUCUGGUGAAAGGUGGCGGUGAAGCUUUCCAAGAAGCCAGUCGUCUCGAUGCUAUCGUGUUCGACAAAACUGGCACUCUGACCGAAGGGGGAAGCCUCAAAGUCACCGAACAUGAGGUGCUUACGAAAGAUCAAGAAUUGUUGAAAGUCGCAUGGACACUUGCCCGAAAGUUGGAAGAGAGCAGCAACCACCCAAUCGCCCAAGCAAUCUCUGCUUUCAGUGAAUCCCAGCCCAUGGUUAAUGUUGUGUCCUUCGAUAUCCAGGAAAUUUCGGGCCAGGGAAUGAAGGGUACUUUCGCAGUGACUACCGAAAAUUCUGGAAGCAGCGAACAGUAUGAAGCUGCAAUUGGCAAUGAACGCCUUCUUCAUAGUGUUCUCCCGGCCAACAGUGACACGUACUUCAUCUCCAGUCUGCUCUCAAAGUUCCAAUCCGGCGGUAAAUCCACUGCCAUCCUAUCCUUGCGUCGCCACUCAUCCAAAUCUUCACCAUUUGUCCCCAUCAUCAUCUUCGCCGCAUCGGACACAAUUCGGCCGGAGGCAGUUAACGUGAUCUCUCAACUCAACAAGCGAAAUGUUGACGUCUUCAUGUGUACGGGCGACAACCAGACAACCGCACACGCCGUCGCAGAAAUGCUGGGUAUUCCUCGUUCCAACGUCAUGGCCAACGUAUUGCCCGCAGAAAAAGCCAGCUUUGUACGACAAGUCCAAGAAGGCUCGGUUCACACCGAAAGAGUGAAUACUCAAGGCCAGACGAAAACGCGUUCAAUCGUUGCAUUUGUUGGAGAUGGCGUUAACGAUUCACCCGCCCUCGCCGCUGCAGAUGUCAGUAUCGCAAUGGCAUCCGGCUCGGAUGUCGCUAUCAACUCCGCCAGCUUCAUCCUGCUCAAUUCAGAUCUGAGCACGAUUUUGCAGCUCGUGAUUCUCAGCCGUCGUGUCUUCAACCGUGUUCGGAUGAACUUCGGAUGGGCUGUAAUUUACAAUUUGUGUCUUGUUCCCGUGGCUGCUGGUGUUUUCUACCCGAUUGUGAGUGGCCAUCAUCAGAUAGCCAAUGGUGGGGAUAUGAUCACUGUGAAUGAACACUGGAGGUUGAGUCCAGUAUGGGCUGCGCUGGCCAUGGCACUGAGUAGUAUCUCGGUUGUCUCGAGUAGCCUGGCCUUGAGGAUUAAUAUGGGGAGUGUGAAGAGAGUGGUGGGUUGGAAGAGAUCAGAGCGUGGUUAA